CCCACAAGGUGGAGGCUGAGCAGAAGUGCCUUGAAUUUCUCUCUGAGGUCUGGUCUAGAAGUCUGUAAGGAACUCUUAAGAGCUUUGUUUGGUGUGUGUGUCUUUAAAAAACACCGGGAGCUGUGAACAAACCCCAUCAGAUUGCCGGAGGACCUAUCUAAUACUUUCAACAAUAAAGAUUAAAAGGAAAAAGAGAACAACAACAAAAAAAACCCCCACACAAACAAAUCCUCAUGGACAGACAACAGUACAGUCAUUACCAGGAGAAAAUGGGGGUUGCAGGAGGCAGGAGAGGGUAAAAGAGGAAUAAAUGGUGACAGAAAGAGACAUGACUUGGGGUGAGAACAACUUGUAAUGGAGCCUUUACCUCUUGAGUUACCAGCUGACACAGUGCAACGCGUGGCAUCUGAACUUCGAUGUCUCCCUACAGAUGAGAGGGUCGCCCUCCGUCUUGAUGAAGAAGAUAAGCUGAGGCACUUCAGGGAGUAUUUUCAUAUUCCCAAAAGGCAGGAUCUCCCGCCAAUUGACUUAUCAUUAGUGAAUAAGGAUGAAAACGCCAUCUAUUUCUUGGGACAUUCUCUUGGCCUUCAACCAAAAAUGGUUAAAACAUAUCUGGAAGAAGAACUAGAUAAGUGGGCCAAAAUGGGAGCCUAUGGUCAUGACACAGGGAAACGACCGUGGAUCACAGGAGAUGAGGCUAUUGCAGGUCUUAUGACUGACAUUGUCGGAGCCAAUGAGAAAGAAAUAGUCCUAAUGAAUGCUUUGACUGUUAAUUUGCAUCUUCUACUGUUAUCGUUUUUUAAGCCGACACAAAAACGGUACAAAAUUCUUCUUGAAGCCAAAGCCUUCCCUUCAGAUCAUUAUGCUAUUGAAUCACAGCUUCAACUUCAUGGACUCAACACUGAGAAAAGUAUGCGGAUUUUAAAGCCAAGAGAGGGGGAAGAAACCUUGAGAACAGAAGACAUCCUUGAAGUAAUUGAGAAGGAAGGAGACUCUAUUGCAGUGAUCCUGUUUAGUGGGGUGCAUUAUUAUACUGGACAGCACUUCAAUAUGCCCGCCAUCACAAAAGCCGGACAAGCAAAGGGUUGUUUUGUUGGCUUUGAUCUAGCGCAUGCAGUUGGAAAUGUUGAACUCCACUUACAUGACUGGGGAGUUGACUUUGCCUGCUGGUGCUCCUAUAAGUAUUUAAAUUCAGGAGCUGGAGGUCUCGCUGGUGCCUUUGUCCAUGAAAAGCAUGCCCAUACAAUUAAACCUGCGUUAGUGGGAUGGUUUGGCCAUGAACUCAGCACCAGAUUUAAAAUGGAUAACAAAUUGCAGUUAAUCCCUGGAGCCAAUGGAUUUAGAAUUUCAAAUCCUCCCAUAUUGUUGGUCUGUCCUUUGCAGGCUAGUUUAGAGAUCUUUAAGAAAGCAACCAUGAAAGCACUGAGAAGAAAGUCUGUUUUGCUCACGGGUUACCUGGAAUACCUGAUCAAGCACUACUAUGGCAAAGAGAAAGCAGAAACCAAGACACCAGUGGUGAACGUAAUCACUCCAUCCCGUAUAGAGGAACGCGGCUGCCAGCUAACAUUAACAUUUUCCGUUCCAAUAAAAUCUAUAUAUCAAGAACUAGAAAAAAGAGGAGUGGUUUGUGACAAGCGGGAACCCAAUGGCAUCCGAGUGGCUCCGGUUCCUCUCUACAAUUCUUUCCACGAUGUUUAUAAAUUUAUCAGUCUGCUCAAUUCUGCACUUGAGGCUGAAGAAAGAAAACAUAACAGUGUUUAGAACAAAUUAAGCAAACUGAAAGCUGCUGUGAUUAUUUUAUGAUUUUCAUUCAAGUUUUAAUCAUUAGAAAUGUUAAAAAACUAAUUAUACCUAACUGGCAAUGAAUUGCAUACUUUACAAAAAAAUCUGGGAUAAUUCUUUUAGAAGUCAAUGUUCCUGAGGAAUCUAAAUGUCUAUCCAAUUUCUUGGUGUUUUGUGAAUCAAGGUUUUCAUUGGUCUAAGUAUUAUGUACAGAGUCUUGGUUAGCUGUUACAGUUCAUGGCCAGUGAAAUAUUGUUACUGGUUUAAUUUCUCAUUGACUGACAAUUUCAUAAUAUAUGUGAAAUUUUUGUGUCAAUUUUCUAAAUAUCACUUUAGCUUAAAUUACCCAAAGACUUUCUUAUACGCACUAUAGUUGAACCAUCUGAUAUAUGUAUGAUUUUGGGAUAUUCUAUCCAGCUCUAAUCUAAGGAACAGAAAAACAAAUUUCUAGAGCAGUGGCUUUCAAAUAUUUUUGGCCACAAUCCAUAUUAAGAAAUAUAUCUAAAAACAGAGACCUACAUUUAUGUGUGGAUAGGCCUUAUUUUGACACACAAUUUGUAACAAUAUUUUAACAUCUGUGAAAGAAAAGUCUAUCAGUUUUCAAUCAACUGCUUCUUACAAUUGCCAUUGGUCAUUCUUUUUCAUUACCAUCCCUGACAUUAGCAUGCUUCUCACAAUGAAUAGGAAGCACCUUAGGUUGAAUUAAAAGUGGUAUAUAUAGCAAAAACCAAAGGUUCAUGAAUUAUUUACCUGUACUCUGAUAUUUAUUAUUCUGUUUUAUCUUAUUACAACAAAUAUUGGUUGAAACUUGUUAAAUUGAUUUCUCCACCCACUCUUGGGCCCUAAAUCACUUUUCAAGGAUAUCCCUUUAUAUAAUGUUAUCAUAAUUUCUCCUUUUUUUAAUGGCAACUUCCCUGGAUGAAAGACAUUGGAUGUUACUCUACCGCUAAAAUAGUGAAAGAAAUCACUCCAUGAUACUGGCAGUUGAGGGUUAGAAUUAAGAAAUGAGUUGCCGAAACCGGUUUGGCUCAGUGGAUAGAGCAUGGGCCUGUGGACUGAAGGGUCCCAGGUUCGAUUCCGGUCAAGGGCAUGUACCUGGGUUGCGAGCACAUCC